UGAAACCCGACACCCGGCGCUCGCCACAGCUGCUCUCCAAACUGCUAUUUAAAAAAGGAAAAAGGAUGAAACUUCCACUCCUGACUCCUCAAACCCCCCAAGCACCAAACAUCCAGUAGCUGCUGUAACCGUUGCCAACCCGGCAUAAAUGCCUACAGCACCCGGGCAGGACCGGACAGAAUCGCCCGCGGAUUAUUCCCGUCGCUCCACGGGAGGGAUUUAUGGUGGUGUCGCGCAGCAGACCGGUGGGAGAUCGCGCUCAUUCCGCACCACGGUUUAUCCGAUGCAUGAGACGACAGCUCGCGCUCUCGGGCAGCGACGCGGUCACGCAGAUUAACGGAUCAGGAUUUUGACUGCCGGGACAAAUGAAUACAAAUGAAUUUAGCGACCCGAAGGAGAGUCCGCAGAACCUCUCGUCUGGUGGCAAAGAGAGCUCUUCUUCUGUGUAUUCUACUUUACUGUACUUCUUUUGGAUUCAGCCAAGUACUCUCUGAAGAUGUGGACGUGUUGCAGCGGUUGGCUCUGCGUGCUGAGCUCGGUUCUCGCACCGUUCCCGCUGGCGUCAUCUCCCUCCACUCUGGAGUCAUCCUCACGACACGGGCACGAGUUACCACGGCGACACGCUCCGUGUUCCCUCCAGAACUCUUGUGGAACUGCACUAUCGUCCUGAGCAUACGGUCUCACCGAUUAAACUCAGCAUUUCUCUUCUCCGUCCUAUCCGGGAAACGGAUUCAGCUCGGGCUGGAAAUUUCGCCUGGCAAGCUCACGCUUCACACCGGCCCCGGGAAUGCCGCGGUCUUCCCGUACAACCUCCACGAUGGGCGCUGGCAUCAUCUAGCCUUCGUUUUAAACGGCCAAUCAGUGACCCUACACUCUCCCUGCUCAGAGAGCGAUGGGGGAGUUACGCAGAAACUCCCCGUACUUCCUGAACGCCUGAACCCUCGCGGGACCUUCCGCUUGGGAGGCACCAGCGCUUUGCUUCCAGGUGCGGUACCUUUCGAAGGUGCAGUUUGCCAGUUUGAUGUGGUGCCCUCGGCACAAGCGCAGCAGAACUACUGCAGCGCCAUCCGCAGGCAGUGCAGAGAAAAUGACACCUACAGGCCAGCGCCUCCCGCUCUACUUCCCCUCCCGUCCCGACACGCCCCACCACUAUUGACCCACACGUUACCACCUAAUCGCACUUUCACGUUCACUCCCACUCCUACUAAUUUCCUUUGGACAUCCAUAAAUGGCGCACGAGGGUCUUCUGCAGUGAGAACGAGCGACGGUGUACGAGCUAAACCCAUGUCUACCACACCUCCACCCCUUUCCUUGAUUCAAACAGGACUUGAAGCUCCUUUAUCUUGGGGAUAUUUAAAUUCUGUCUCCCCCAAACCUACUCUCAGGACACCCAAAAUCCCCAAGCCGACUGCCUCAAAGCCAGGAGCGGCCAGGCUUACCCCUACUAAACCAGCUGGAUCCAAACCCACUCCAGGAAAAACGUCUCCAAAGCUUAGUGCAACUAAGCCUUCCGGACCAAAGCCCACAAUGGCUCGAACUACUUCUUCCAAAUCUGGAAGUUCAAAAAAAACUGGUCCCAAACCUACAGCACCAAAACCUUCCAAAUCAGCAGCUGUAAAACCCACAGUAAAGAAACCAACCCUUGCGCCAAAGCCCACCAAGGUCAACCCAACGAAGAACACUCAACCUGUCAAUCCUAAAAAGAAACAUAAUGGCAUUCUCAAACCGUUAUCUGACCCAGAACCAACCGCCCCCAAAAGACCAUCGCCAACCAAGAAAAAGCCACUCCAGCCCAAAACCAGCACCCAGCGCUCACCCCAAACUACACUCCCAACCCCAAAAUCCACCACCGCCCCAAACCCUACACCCAAAAAAAUCCUUCCGACACCCAAAUCCACUCCGUUCACCACCACCGCACCAAACAAACCACCAAAAACUCUGGAAACCCCCAAAGUCAUUCUUGACAGGCCAAAAAUACCUGUCACUCCAAGCACUCCAUGGUUCGCUGUUCAAUCUGUUACUCUCCCGGCUUUCAACGAUUUCCAGAGCUUUGAGGUGGAGCCCACAUACUUUUCACUUCUGGUUGGACCGCCGGGACAAAAAGGAGAUCCCGGGAAAAUGGGAAUCCCGGGACCUCCAGGGAAACCAGGGCAGCCAGGGGCGAGAGGACCUCGGGGACCCCCAGGACCACACGGCAAGCCAGGUCGACCCGGUCCACCAGGGUUGAAGGGGAAAAAAGGAGACCCUGGACUUUCUCCUGGAAAAGCACCAAAAGGGGAAAAAGGAGAUGCUGGUCUGCCUGGUCCUGUCGGUUUAGUCGGGCCAGAAGGCCGUAAGGGACAAAAAGGCCAUCCAGGACCACCAGGCCUUCCCGGGGAACCAGGAGAACAAGGUCCUGUCGGAGAAGCUGGAGCCAAAGGCUAUCCUGGCAGGCAGGGUUUACCUGGUCCGAUAGGGCCUGUUGGGCCGAAAGGGGCUCGGGGUUUCAUAGGAAUCCCUGGACUCUUUGGUUUACCUGGAGCUGAUGGUGAAAGAGGUAGUCCUGGUCCACCGGGGAAGAGGGGCAAGAUGGGUAGGCCGGGUUUUCCUGGUGAUUUUGGGGAGCGAGGUCCACCAGGACUGGACGGGGAGCCAGGUGUUAUAGGAGCUCCUGGUCCUCCUGGUGUCCUUGGAUUGAUUGGUGAUAUGGGUCCUGUCGGGAUCAUCGGUUUGCCAGGACCAAACGGACUGAAGGGUGUCCCGGGGAACAUGGGCGAGCCCGGACUGAAAGGUGAUAAGGGUGACGUUGGGCUUCCCGGAGAACAAGGGGAAAUUGGGUUCCCAGGAGACAAGGGUGUGCAGGGUGUGCCAGGCUUACCAGGACCUCGUGGAAAACCAGGACCACAGGGCAAGACAGGCGAGAGAGGGCCCAGUGGAUUACCAGGCCCACCAGGAGCCGAGGGUUUCCCUGGUGACAUCGGAAAACCUGGACUCAAUGGACCCGAGGGCCCAAAGGGUAAGCCUGGAGCCAGAGGUUUACCUGGACCUCGUGGAGCAGCUGGACGAGAGGGCGAUGAGGGUCCUGUAGGACCACCGGGGCCAGUGGGACUUGAGGGUCUGAUGGGCAGUCAGGGUUUCCCUGGGGCUGCUGGACCUGAAGGGGUCAAAGGCGAGCAGGGUGUGACAGGAAACGCCGGACCCAUGGGUGAGAGGGGUCUCGUUGGCUUCAUCGGUCCUGCAGGGGAGACUGGACUCGCUGGAGAGAAGGGUGAUCGUGGAGAGAUGGGAUUGCCUGGCCCUCCAGGAGAGAAAGGAUCUACGGGGCACCCAGGAACCCCAGGAGAGAGCGGCCCACCAGGACCACCAGGCAGUCCAGGCCCGUCGGGAUCACGUGGACCCAUCGGCUUGAGAGGACCUAAAGGCAGAAGGGGUCCUAGAGGUCCGGACGGUAUGCCAGGAGAACUCGGCACUGAAGGCAAAAAGGGUCCUGAUGGUCCUCCUGGAAAAAUCGGUUUCCCAGGACAAGUGGGCAAGAUCGGGGAGCCUGGGGAGGCGGGGCCAAAGGGAUUUCCGGGCAUUCAAGGGCCAUCCGGGGCUACAGGAGACAAAGGCAUCGCAGGGGAGCCAGGACCUCCAGGGCCCCCAGGAACACUCGGGCCUCCCGGAAAUCCAGGGCCAAAGGGCCCAGCGGGAAAAGUUGGCGAUCCCGGACUUCCAGGAGAACCUGGAGAAAAGGGGUCACUGGGGGCUGUGGGGAACGCUGGGGCAGCAGGACUGAUCGGAACGAGGGGAGAACCGGGUUUAGAAGGAGAGGCUGGCCCGGCUGGCCCUGAUGGUGCCAAGGGUGAGAAGGGCGAUAUGGGCGGAGAGGGCGAGCAGGGUGUCAGAGGUGACCCGGGAAUCAAGGGAAAAGAAGGGCCGAUGGGCGACCCUGGGCUUACUGGCGUCAGAGGUCCUGAAGGAAAGCCUGGUAAAAAUGGUGAGAGAGGGAAGCCAGGGUUUAAGGGUGCCAAAGGUAAUAUCGGCCACCUGGGAGAGACUGGAACCAUGGGAAAGAUCGGACCAAUCGGAACCACCGGACCAAAGGGCUCUCGAGGAACCAUCGGACAUGUGGGUGCUCCCGGGCGUAUGGGGAUGCAGGGAGAUCCGGGAAUAUCAGGAUACGAGGGUCACAAGGGACCUCAAGGUCCAAUAGGAUCCCCGGGACCAAAGGGUGAAAAGGGUGAACAGGGGGAUGAUGGGAAGGUGGAGGGUCCUACUGGUCCUCCAGGACUCCGGGGUCCAGUUGGAAAGCGAGGAGACAGGGGCGAACCGGGAGAUCCAGGAUACACGGGUCAGCGAGGUGUUGAUGGUUUUCGAGGCAAACCUGGUGCUCCUGGACUACCUGGUGAUCCUGGUCCACGUGGAAUACAAGGCCCUAAAGGAUCCAAAGGAGAACAGGGUCAGAAGGGUAAACAGGGUCACCAGGGAGAGCGUGGCAGCAGAGGCGCACCGGGUGUUGUGGGGUUGCAUGGCCCGAAAGGCACAGUGGGUCGAGAAGGACAGGAGGGUGUUCCUGGCACAGACGGGAUCCCAGGAAAAGAUGGAAGCAGAGGAAUACCAGGCGAUCAGGGAGAUGAUGGUGAGUUUGGUUUGCCUGGUAAACCCGGAGCACCUGGAAAAGUUGGCGUCAUCGGUUUACCAGGUCCACAGGGAUCAUUUGGUGCAAAGGGUGAGAGGGGUCUUCCUGGUCAUCCUGGUCCUUCAGGAAAGAGAGGUUUUAAGGGAGGAAUGGGUCUUCCUGGAUCGCAGGGAGCCCGGGGUCCUAAGGGCCGACCUGGUGACAUCGGGGAACCCGGCUUUCCAGGGAUGCUGGGAAUGUUUGGACCGAAGGGGCCUCCUGGAGACUUUGGACUGAAGGGCAUUCAGGGGCCUAAAGGGCCACAGGGCAGCAUGGGUAGAGGGGGUUUGGCUGGACCUGUUGGUGUGAUCGGCCCUAUCGGCAGUCCGGGCCCGAGAGGAGACACUGGCAACAAAGGAGAGAUGGGUGUUCAGGGACCUCGAGGUGCUCCUGGACCACGUGGACCUCCUGGACCUCCGGGUCCACUAGGAAUCCCAUUGGCAUUGAGACAAGAUUUUGGACUUGGAUUGGCCCAGCCAGUUUUUAUGGAGACACACACACAGAAAGUAGAGGCUCGGGGGCUGAUGGACAUGCCCAUGUUGGAUCAGGCUCCAGAGAUCCUGCGGACUCUCCAUUACCUGAGCUCUCUGGUCCACAGCCUGAAGAACCCGCUGGGCACACGAGAUCAUCCCGCUCGACUCUGCAAGGACCUGCACGGCUGCCGGGACACGCUCAACGAUGGCACUUAUUGGAUCGACCCAAACCUAGGCUGCUCCUCAGACUCUAUAGAAGUGACGUGCAGUUUCACCGGUGGCGGACGUACCUGCCUCAGGCCCAUCACCACAGCCAAGCUGGAGUUCAGUGUCGGACGUGUCCAGAUGAACUUCCUGCAUCUGCUGAGCGCCGGAGCGGAGCAACGAAUCACUAUCCACUGCUUGAACGUGACAAUCUGGAGCCACGCCCCCUCCGAGCCACCGUCCCAGAAUGCAGUUCAGUUCCAGGCGUGGACCGGAGAGACGUUGGAGCCGGAUGUGUUAACAGACACCUGCUGGCAACUAAAUGGUCGCUGGCAACACACUGACUUCCUGUUCCGGGUGUCGGACCCUGCCUUACUUCCUGUCGUACGCAUAGGCAACCUACCAAAGACAACGGCCUCAUCGCGCUUUCACCUAGAAGUCGGACCUGUGUGCUUCCUGUAGUGUGUGGGAGAUUAUGAGUGUGUGUGUGCUCAUCAAACACACAGGCCCCGCCUACGUCCCGCCCCAUUCGACAUUCAGCCACUGAUUGGACUGCAGAAACAGAAAGAGGUGGUAUGGGCGGGGCUUUGGGGGAUUUAGCACUAGAGACUCCUACAUUCUAAAGGAAAUCCCGCCCCUACCAGCCAUGGAUGUCCAAUCAGAUUUGACUCCUCUAGAAAACAAGCCAAUCAUCUCACAGGGAUGAACACUCAGGACAUCCGGGCCGGAGAAACUGCCAAGCCCUCUGGCUCUGUCUUUCUCUCUCCUUUUCUGUCUGUUUCAGCCUAUUUCUUUGGUGCUUGCUCUCUUUCAAAUUAUUAUUAAUAAUAAUAAUAAUAUUAAUUAUAAUUAUAAGUUAUUAUAAUACUUGUGCUUUUCAGCAGAAUCAGCAGUAUAUUGAAGAGAUGAAAUAAGAUCAUUGGGAGGUAUUAUAUGUACAUAUACAUUUAUUGUUUAUCGGAUCUUUUAUAUGGUAAUUUUAUCACAUGUAAAAAAAAAAAAAUGCUAAAGUGCAAUAGGAAAACGAAGAAAAAAUAAUUGAUUAUUGAUUAUAUAUUAAGUGUGUGUCUCAUUAAGGAAGGUUUUUCAGGGGUGUUGUCAUUCAAACGUGUCAUUUUAACACUCCAUCAGACAGGGAAGUGUGUGUGUGUGUGUUUGUGUAAAUGAGUUUGGGAAGUGACUGUGAGUGUGUGUGUGUGUAUGUGUGUGUGUUUAUGUGACGGAUCAAUAAACAUAUGAAGGUGCAUGUUUCUAGCAAACGUACAGACACACCUGUGCAUAUCAACAUACAUGGCCCUUGUUUUUAAAACAGCCUGUCACUUUAAGGGGGCGUGUCUCAAUCAAAUGGGUGUGUCUUGUUCAAAGGGUUUAUGAGGGUGCAUCCCUCUUGAAAGCACAUCUGGGUCAUAUUUCACCUGAAAAGAGAAGGAAAGCACAAAUUUGCAUGGUGACAUUUUUGUGAAACAAAUUCACCCCCCCCCCCCGCCCCCCCCCCCCCCCCCCCAAAAAUGCAUUUUCAUAUUUUUAUAGUUACUAUUAUUAUUUGAAUUAUUUUGUUUAAAGAUUAUUACAGUAAUACAGAACUUUGUCAUUGCUGAAAUAUUACAGCAUAACAGUAAUAAGUAUUUCAGGCAAAAAUGUGGGUGUCAUGGAAAUAUCACAAUGCAAAAAAGUGGACCUCAAAGGCAAUCUUUUGACUAUGCAAAAUGUAUGUUUUAUUUUGUUUGUUUUUUUAUUUUUUUUAUUUUUUUGUCAUUUUUUUCAACAAUAGAGAAAAGAUAACAGUAUAGUAACAGACACUUUUCUUUCAAGCCUGGAAUCUGAAUUGCAAAUAAAAAGUCACAUUUAGCCAUUUAGCAUUUUUUAUCCAUAGUUUUUUUUUUACUCUCAAGCACGAAAUAUCACAGAAGUUUAUGUAUUUCUUUUGAUUUUGGGGUAAAAUAUGACUUAAGUCUUGUUAUGGACAGGUUUUUGUGAGAUUCACCCAUUAAAGGUUUGUCUUGCUAACUGGUGCUAA